AUCACGGCAAUCAUGAUGCUUGCCUUUGUCCGAAAUCGUGCCACAAAUGUACUCGCACUCCCCCUUGGCCUUUUCUUCGGCAUCUCAGGGACCAGUUCUCGUGUGCUGAACAUGCUCAGUAAUAUCGGCCUGUCAGUUUCAAUCACGACUAUAGAGGACAUGAAAGUGCAGAUGUCGAAGGAUGCCAUACGCCUCGCCAUCGCGGUGCUCACCAGUAGUGCAAUAUUCUACAUCAUCUUCGACAACAUCAACUUGUAUCUGCGUAAAUUCCAGGAGCGAAUCACGAACCGUCAUUCAAUGAUCCAUGCGACGAAUGCGGCCGUUGUUCUGUUGCCCGGGCUUGACGAAGAAGCAUUGAACCUCAAGGCGAAGCUUGCUCUCCGGGGCCAGCGAGCGAAGGCACGCCUUUCAGACAUUCGCCCAACUCAUGCUGACGAUGAACACAUGGAGAAGGCCUUCAUCAGUCUCAUUGGCGAGAUGUUGAUACGGUACACACCUGGUAGCCAAAACUGGGAGGGCCGAGGCCAAAUGCUAGAGGCCUUCGCAGAUGCGAUGCCACGAGACCGGCCGUUGGCGCCUGAGGUAACCGAUUUUCGGCCCUUUGGCGUUUUCGAUGUCAACGAGGGGUCUAAAAAGGGUGUUAUCGAGGUUUUGAAGGAUAUGCAGGAGCGGUCUACUCUCACCGAGGAAGAAUGGGCUAGCAAGACGAAGAUCAUGCAAGGAGACUGGCUUACUGCGCGAAAUCUGCGUGUUGCGAGACGCGAGCGUGUGGACGACGUGGAUUCUAUGGAGCGCCUCGAAUACGUCGAAGAAACGAGUGCGCUAUGGCAUUUUGCCCUGCAAGCGACUCACAUGCUUAUGCGUGUUCACUUCGGCAACUCGACUCUGGAUCGUUCGUCACUGGCCACUCAUAAAGGACUCCUACAUCGCACCUGGGACGCCUCUAAGCCGAAUUAUGCUGCAGCAAAGGCCUUAAUAAGGCAUUCACUGAUUGCGAGGCUGCUGCAUUGCGUGAUGGAGAUUGGAGAGCGGUUCACGGUGGGAAGCGAGGCGAUCAAGGCUCAGUCCAUUGGGGACGACUGCCUUGCACACUCGAUCUACUUCAUCCGCGAUGCCCUCUUCUUCUGCGAAUUCGAGCAUGCCGUAGCACAUGCGGAUGCGGGCCGUGUCCUUCGAGUGUUGAAGUACUGGGCGUUUUCUUUUGAAGGCGCAGGUCAGCACAACUACGCGCGCGAGUGUGUCGAGGUUCACGUCAAGUGGAAGUACGAACUUCCCACUGCGUUGCGGACAGCGUUGGAGAAGGCAUGGUUUGUGAAUCGAUGGGGAGUUCAUGGUCGAUGGAUCGCAGCCGAUCUGUACCUCGAGCAGUGUAAUUUCUGGGUCAAGGUGAGCGUUCAAUUUGGUCCAGUCCAGGAUCAAAAUUGA